AUGGAGAAGUAUCUUAUGAGCUCGCCCACCCAGCUCUCGCUCCCGAUGGACGACGACAAGAACGACUUUGGAUCGCCUGUCUACGACGACCUCGACUUUGCCGCCGACCUCCCCGAGUUCUACUACGACCACACGCUACUGCUUGACCCUUCGCCGGCGCGGGCCGAGCGGUCGCCGGCGCGGUUCCACCUGAAGCACUUUCUGGUGGACGGCCAGAAGCAUUUCGACAAUAACGACAGCAAUAACGACGCCGACAAGUACAAGUAUGACGCCGACAAGUACAAGUACGAGGCCAAGCCCGAGCGUGUGGCGGACCAGCUCUCGGCGCCGUUCGCCCUCAACCUGGGGCUGCGCUUCAACUUCAGCCACCUGCGCAACGUGUCGCUCGACGACUCGUCGUACCGCCGCCAGAACGCCCUCUACAGCCACCGGCCCAGCGCGUCCAUCUCGGCCGACCCGCCGCUGGGGCUCUUUCCUCACUCGCACCUGGCGGCCACGCUCCAUCUGACCAGCCUGGUGCCGGCGCUCCUGCUGCUGGCGUCGAACGCGCUGUUGCUCGACUCGCCCUACUCGGCGGCCACGCCCGCGCGCCGCCGCAAGCUGGCGUCGAUCCUGUCGCUCACCACCAGCCUCUCGCCCGCGCGCGUGGGCAAGACGCCGCUCAAGUCGCACCGCCGCACGCGCCUGCGCAUCGACCACGCCUCGCCCGGCGAGACGCCCUUGGCCACGCCCGCGCGCGCGCCGCCCCAGUUCUUCACGCCGGCGCCGCCCAUCGAGGACCAGGACGACGACGCAUGCAAGCAGUUGCGCCGCGCCCGCACCGCCAGCAACGUCGAUCUUCUUCUGCCCGCGCUUGUGGGCCGCCUGUCGGCGUUGAAGUCGUACCCGGCGUCCAUCGACCUCGCGGCCAUCACCCACCUGCCGCGCGCCGAGCCGCUGGUGUUCCACUACGACCGAGAAAACCCUUACAGAGACCCGUACCCGUACGAGCCUAUCCCGGAGUCGCGCCUGACCGAGGACGCCCGCUUGGAGUUGACGUCGCAGCUCAACUCGCAGUUGACCCAGCUCACGCAGUUGAACUCGCUCAAUUCGCAAGCACUCAAUUCUCAAGCCCUCAACUCCCAGGCCCUCAACUCCCAGGCCCUCAACUCGUCCCGCUACGAAGCCAUGGACUCGCGCUUGCAUGACCUGCGCCCUACAGAGCCGCGCUUCGACCGCCUCGACUCGCGACCGGAAUACCCGCCGCUGCGCUCGCUCUCGCUGGUUCCCCUGACGUCGCUGGUGCACCUGGUGGGCCUGCAUCCGUCGGGCCUCGCGUCUCUCCCCUCCGGCUCGGCCUCGUCGGCUUCCGUGUCCGCCGCCGUGUAUCCCAGCGCGUCGCAGAUCCACCAAACCGCCGCCACAGAGGAAAUCGCCAAGUUCGCCGAAAGCAUCCUCAACUCAGACACGAAGCGGCCCAUCGUGGUGCAACACGAUGCAGACACAGACCCGCGGAAAAAACACAAGUGCCCGUUGUGUCUCGCGCGUUUCCAGCGGCCCGAACAUGUCAAGCGCCACUUGAAGAGCCAUUCGACGGAGAAGCCCUUCCAGUGUGACAUGCCCGACUGUGGCCGCCGCUUCAACCGAAAGGACAACUUGAAGGCCCAUCUCAAGAAGAUCCACGGCAAACACACAUGA